AGACCAACCUCUGGCCAUGCUGAACUCUAUAACUUACUGCGCAUGCCUAUCUACUGCUAUAGCCUAUUAAACUUUGCUAAAGUUGUAAGUAGUAAAGUUGUAAAGGUAGAAAAAUGAAGUUUGUUGUUCUUAAUCUUGUUGCUGUUUUGGCCCUUCAGCUAGUCUCUGCAGACCACGGCACUGGGACUUGUGAUGGCUUGGAUCAUUUGAUUGAGAAUGUGAACCCCAUCCUUGGCCAGUGUACUCGAGAUGCAGAGUGUACGCAAGUCAACUGCAGUUCACAAACCCUUGGAGUGCCUGAUGCAACCAUAACUCUCCUACCUUGUAAUGAACCUCCAGCCAUCAAUAUUGUUGCGAUUGCCGCUGCUGGAGAUGUGAUAGGGAAUUACACUACAUCGACCAAUGCAGUGGACCAGCCACUCGCAACACCAGAGGGAAUCACCCUUGUUCGUCUUGACUGGAUUGUUACUUACAACCCUGUGAACAUGGGACUUAAAAUUCAGAUCAAUGGAUCACUUUUCCCUGCUUUAGACAUGAAGGUACCUCUCAUCAAUACAACCACUAUUCUGAUAGAUACAUCGGUGUGUGCAGGUGCUCCAAAACUUCAGUUUAUGCUUGCUGGACUGAUAGCCUCCCUCCUUGUAGCCAUGCUUGUGUAACUGCUAUACAGUAGUCUUGAAUACAACUCAGAGUUUAACUUUCACUAUAUAGAUUUAGUGUGCUCUAUUGUGAAUAAUGAUAGUGGUGAUUGAGAUUGAUAAAUUUCAUGAUUAUAGUAUUGUCCUAUUG